CUUCUGCUUUGUUGUCUUCCACUCACUGUCUGCUAGCUACUGCUGCAUGCCCCGUCGUGGUUGCCAUGGUUACAUCGGUAUUGUUGAGCCUUUCGUUCGUGUCACGCCGUUCCUCAUCGAAGACAAUGGUCUGCAUGUGAUGGGAUCGGCCGUCUAGCCAGCCCGCACCUCUUACUCCCGUAAUUUCCUACAUUAAGAGUCUUCCUGCUGCCGUUACCUCGCCCCCCUGUUUGGUGAAAGUGCCGCCGAGAUCAUGGACCGAGAAGGAAGUAAAAACUUCAAAUUAUUUCAAGAUUCGGUGCAUGGGGUGAUGCGGUUUCACCCACUUAUUGUUAAGUUUAUUGAUACAAAAGUUUUCCAAAGGAUGAGGAAUAUAAAACAGCUUUCAACCACCUACCUGGUCUUUCCUGCAGCAGCGCACAACCGAUUUGAACAUUCAUUGGGUGUGUGCUAUCUGGCAGGGGAGGUGAUGGAUGAGCUUGAGAAAAAUUCCCCAAAUGUAUGGAAGGAAAUAUUGCCUGAUCCAAAGGAGAGCGAAGCGGUCAAGCUAGCCAUUCAAAUUGCGGGUCUCCUCCAUGACUUGGGCCAUGGCCCAUUCUCCCAUACAUGGGAAGUUUUUGUUCAGGCCUGUGGUGGAGAUUGGGAUCAUGAACACACGUCAUGUGCUCUCAUUGAUCUUAUGAUAUGGAAAAGUGAAGAUGGGAAGGAGCCAAUCCAGAGGGAUGAUAAUCUGACUGAGCUGGGAUGGCUCUUCAAAGCAGAAUUCAAUGAAGUCAACAAGUACAUUCAAUUCAUUAAAGAUGUAAUUAUUGGUGUAACUCAAGACAAAAUAAAAGAACCAAAGAGAGCCUUUUUAUAUCAGGUUGUAGCAAAUAAGUUUAAUGACAUAGACGUUGAUAAAUAUGAUUACUUUUUAAGAGACGCCCAGCAUUUGAAAAUGAAUGUCUCUUUCGAUUAUCAACGAUUGAUCAAAUUGUGCCGCAUUUCAUACGAUGAUAAUAAAAUGAGCCAUAUAGCAUUUCGGGACGUUGAAAAAUAUUCCAUUCAGGGGAUGUUUAGAGUACGUGCUGAUUUGCAUAUUAGGGCUUAUCAGCAUAGAGUCGUCAAAAAUUUAGAAAUUAUGUUAAUUGAUGCAUUGAAGGAGGCUGAUGCUAAAUACCUUGUGAGAGGACUACGUCUAUCUCAAGUCCAUGAAAACCCGGCCAUAUUUGCCACACUAACUGACUCUAUUCAGGAGUUAUUACUUUACAGUGAAGAGCCUGAGUUGGAGAGCACAAGGGAAUUAUUGGAUCGUUUGGCCACAAGAAAUUUAUAUAAGAUUGUUGGAGAGUGGCCACUCAAGGUAGCCCAAAGUGAAGAAGAGAAGCUGCAAAAUAGAGCUCCGAAAGGUCUUAAUAGAAAGAUACUAAAUGAGCUUGAAGAAAUUCUAGAGGGAAAAUAUGCCCUAACCCAAGUGGGAGUUAAUCAGGGCAAGUAUUUUGAUCCAUUGGCAAAUGUUAAAUUUUUCCCAAAACAUGAAAGGAGGAUGAUGGAGGGAAAUGUUCCACAAAUGAAGAUGGAACUGCCCUUUUUCAAAGUAUUAGUUUUCAAGAGAGGAAGAGAAGAGGAUAAUUUAGAAGACCUUAAAAAAAAAGCAGAAGAUUUUUUAAAAACAAAAGGAAUUUUAUUUCUCAAUCAAGGGCAGUGACCAUUUAGAAUUGCUUACUCUAA